AUGUCUCGGCGUGAAGUAGCCGUCGAGUGGGGGCAAGUGAAUGUGGCUGUUUACUAUGCAGACUCUUACUACGGCUGCUUUGCAAUACGCAACAUACUGGAAAGGGAAGCGUUUGGGUCGAAGGUCUGGAUCAUAACAAGCAUUGUGUUAGUAAUCUUCAUUAAAUUCCUAAAAACUCCACUAGUCAAGGCCAACAACCGGGAUCUUUCCUAUGUUCUCCUGGUCUCCCUCCUGUUGUCCUUCAUGUCCUCUUUCCUCUUCAUUGGCAGACCCAGCAAAGUGACUUGUCUGCUGCGACAAACGGCCUUCAGCAUCAUCUUCUCAGUGGGUGUUUCAUCUGUGCUGGCCAAAACCAUCACUGUGGUGCUGGCCUUCCUGGCCACCAAGCCGGGGAGCAGGGUGAAGAGAUGGCUGGGGAAGAGUCUGGCCAACUCCAUUGUCCUUUCUUGUUCCAGUGUCCAGGCUGUCAUCUGCUCCAUCUGGCUGGGCAUGGCUGCUCCCUUCCCUGACUCAGACAUGCAUUUGCUGCCUGGAGAGAUCAUUCUGCAAUGCAAUGAGGGCUCUGUGGCCAUGUUCUACACUGCCCUGGGCUACAUGGGCUUCCUGGCUGCCAUCUGCUACAUUGUGGCUUUCCUGGCCAGGAAGCUGCCCGGGGCCUUCAAUGAAGCCAAACUGAUC